CUUACGUUUCUGCCGAUAGAUAGAACCUUUCAGAGAGGGCCGAUACACCGUGUCAAGAAACUUUAAAAAGAAAAGAAGCUCAAAUUUAUGAAGCUAAGAUUCCCGAGUUACUCACAAAGCAAUUCUUGGGUGAUUAACUGCUGCAUCUUUUUUACCUGAAGGACAAUGGAGACAUCAUCACUCCGCAAGGUACUACAGAAAAGGCAAGUGACCGCCAUUAUUUUUCUGUUACUAUUGUGGGAGGCAGGAGGUGCAGCCAUUAAGUAUUCCGUUCUGGAGGAGACAGACAAGGGCUCUUUGGUGGGCAACCUAGCAAAAGAUUUAGGGCUGAGCUUGAGGGAGUUGGUCAUCAGGGGUGCCCAGAUCCUUCCCAAAGGGAACAAACAGCUGUUGCUGCUGGAACAGAACACUGGAAAUUUGCUCCUGAAAGAAAAAUUGGAUCGAGAGGAGUUGUGUGGGGGCACCGACCCAUGCAUCCUACAUUUCCAGGUUCUGCUAAAUAGCCCAGUGCAGUUUAUUCAAGGGGAAAUACAGCUUCAAGAUGUAAACGACCAUGCCCCAGAGUUCACGGAAGAUGAAGUUCUCCUCAAAAUCGUGGAAAGCAGCCACCCAGGGGCUGUGUUCCCAUUGACGAUAGCUCAAGAUUUGGACAUAGGUAGCAACACAGUCCAGAACUAUACAAUCAGCACCAACUCCCAUUUCCACCUUCUCACCCGCAAUCACAGCGAUGGCAGGAAAUAUCCUGAACUGGUGCUGGACAGAGCGCUGGACCGGGAGGAGCAGGCACAGCUUAGAUUAACACUCAAGGCUUUGGACGGUGGGUCACCUCCCAAGACUGGGACCACCCAGGUUGUCAUUGUGGUCCUAGACAUUAACGACAAUGCCCCUGAAUUUGCCCAGGAGCUCUAUAAGGUGCGGGUUCAAGAGAACAGCCCUGUGGGCUCCCUCGUCGUCACUGUAUCCGCAAGAGACUUAGAUGCUGGGGCACACGGGGAGCUCUCCUACUCGCUUUUUCAAUCCUCCAAUCAAAUCCUCCGGGCUUUUGAAAUAAAUGCAGACAGCGGAGAGAUUAGAGUAAGAAAGCUGUUGGACUUUGAGGAAAUUCGGUCUUAUCGCAUGGAAAUCGAGGCCUCCGAUGGGGGAGGUCUUUCCGGAAAAUGCACCGUGGUAAUAGACGUGAUGGAUGUAAACGACAACGCGCCUGAACUCACCGUGUCAUUACUCCUCAGCGAUAUCCCGGAAAACUCCCCUGAAACUGUAGUCGCCAUCUUUGGAAUUUCAGAUCCAGACUCUGGAGACAACGGGAAAACAGUGUGCUCCAUCCAAGACCAUCUUCCCUUCUUUUUGAGACCUACAGAAGGAAAUUUCUACACUUUAUUAACCGAGGGCCCCCUGGACAGAGAGAGCAGAGCCGAGUACAACAUCCCCAUCUCCGUCUCCGACAUGGGCUCACCCAGGCUCACAACCCAGCACACCAUAACAGUGCAGGUGUCCGACGUCAACGACAACGCCCCCGCCUUCACCCAAUCCUCCUACGCCCUGUCUGUCCGCGAGAACAACAGCCCCGCCCUGCACAUAGGCACCAUCAGAGCCACAGACUCAGACUCUGGCUCCAACGCCCACAUCACCUACUCGCUGCUGCCACCACAGGACCCUCAGAUGGACCUCGCCUCACUCAUCUCCAUCAACGCAGACAAUGGGCAGCUGUUCGCGCUCAGGGCGCUGGACUAUGAGGCCCUGCAGGCCUUCGAGUUCCUCGUGGCCGCCACAGACCAAGGCUCCCCUGCUCUCAGCAGCCAGGCGCUGGUGCGCGUGCUGGUGCUGGACGACAAUGACAAUGCGCCCUUCGUGCUCUACCCUCUGCAGAACGCCUCUGCGCCCUGCACAGAGCUGCUGCCCAGGGCGGCGGAGCCUGGCUAUCUGGUCACCAAGGUGGUGGCAGUGGACCGCGACUCUGGCCAGAACGCCUGGCUGUCAUUCCAGCUGCUCAAGGCCACGGAGCCCGGGCUGUUCAGCGUGUGGGCGCACAAUGGCGAGGUGCGCACCACCAGGCUGCUGAGUGAGCGCGAUGCCCCCAAGCACAGGCUGCUGCUGCUGGUCAGGGACAAUGGCGAUCCUCAGCGCUCUGCCAGUGUCACUCUGCAUGUGCUGCUGGUGGAUGGCUUCUCCCAGCCCUACCUGCCUCUGCCAGAGGUGGCGCGCGACAUGGAGUAUGAUGAAGAUUCACUAACACUCUACCUGGUCAUAGCCUUGGCAUCUGUGUCUUCGCUCUUUCUCCUAUCUGUGCUGCUGUUUGUUGGGGUAAGGCUGUGCAGGAGAGCUAGGGAGACCUCGCUGGGCCCCUUCUCGGUUCCUGAAGGCCACUUUCCUGGCCACCUGGUGGAUGUCAGUGGGGCAGGGACCCUGUCCCAGAGCUACCAGUAUGAGGUAUGUCUGAAGGGAGGUACUGGGACGAAUGAGUUUAAAUUUCUUAAACCAGUACUUUCCGAUUUCUUAAAUGAAGAGGUUUAUAGGAACACUGAGGAAAAUUCCAAUUUUAGGGAUUGUUUGGGGUUUAGCUAGGAAUCACACUUUGUCCUCCUGUGAUGACUUGGUCUUCACCAGUGCAUAUAUAAUUUCCCAACCUCUCGCUCAUGUAAGGAAGUCUGUAUUAGCAUGUUACUGAUAGUCAUGUUCAUAGCUGUUUCAAACUGUCCAGUAUUCCUUGCAUCUUUUAUUGCCAUUUUACACUGAAGUGUACAAAGUAGCCAUGGAAUGUUCUUUCUUGGUCGUGUUAGUUUUCAUCACUUUUUUUUUUAAAGUCAGAUGUUUUCAGGUCCCUGGUAUCUGAGCUUGUACAUUGAUUUCUUGUAAUUAAAGGACUCAUGUUUCAAAAGUUCUGGCUAUUGUUAGGAUGAAUUUAACAUUACUGUAAAGGAUGGCUUUCAAAUUUUUUAAAGGAAUUUUCAAUUAUGCAAACAUUUUGGUGAGCUUCUAAGUCCCAUGAUUCUGUUGCAUGGUGUACUAGCCCCAUUUUCUUUCUUCAAAUAAAGCAUUAUUUAA